AUGCCACCCACAGGUAUCGAAGGAUUGCCGGACGAGAUGCUGCUUGAAAUCGCCAAACUACUAGCAAAUCAGGGCCAGCAGGACAUCUGCCACUUCUCGCUCUGUUCUAAACGGACCCUCUCCAUCGGUACACCUGAGCUUUACCGAAAUGUACAACUCACCGGCACGAAAAGUGUAUCGCUACUGCUACGAUCUUUCUCCUGCUCCAAGGAUCUUACAGAUCGCGUUCGCUCCCUGAGCGUCGAAGCCAACGACGAUUUCGAAGACGACGCUCAGAGCGACCACACUCAGGGCGACCACAGUGAGAGCGACUUCGUACGAGACUGUCUACCUUUACUUCCCCCAGAUCGAACCAUUCCAUUCCUCAAUUAUCUCGCUACGAGGGACGAAGGCUAUAAGUACAGUAUACAAGAAGGCUUGGGGGAAGAGUACCGGCUUGCCUUGCUGGUCUUGCAGCUAUCCAAGCUUACAGAGCUUAGCUUGAAUGUACCUUGGACACCACCUCCCGUCGUAUACCUCAUGAAAUUCGCUCUUCAAAAAAAGCUUUUUGUCGACCUAUCCAAGAUCACCAUCGACAGCCGCUACGACGAGGAGAGAGUUGCGAUUUCCCCAUUUCUCCUUCAACCAUCCUUAAAGACUUUCAAGUCGUCCGGUCUCGCCGUUCGUUUCAGCUUUUUCAAUAAUAAAGCCGGGUGUCCAACUGUCCUGCCGAUCCGAGAUCUUAAUCUAGCUUCUGUUUCAAUUAGAGGCUUCGACUAUGGUGGGCUCGAGACGAUGAUGAUGAAGGAGAACAGUGCGAAAUUGUAA